UGUUGCUGAUGUCUCUAACAGUUUUAGGGUGCCUUUCUUUACAGCACUCAAAAAUGUCUGUGACUUAAAAUAUGAGCUAUGUUUUUAUGAGUCCGGAAUUACACUAAAUGUGAAAACAGCUUGGUGAUUAUUGCCCCGUAGCACUAGAGCAAGAGGCGACACGUAUGAAAUCAAAAUCUCCCUGUGAUUCUUUCAAGUAUCUAUUCUCUUGCUUGGUAAGUAAAUAACUUAAUGCCCGACUGUGUGUACCACGACAGCUCUUUGAUAACCAGGGAUGCAUCACUCAAAGUAAAAUCCUUUCUGAUUAGUUUAGCGUGAGCAUUGACCCAAUCAGAUAGCAUGUUGCAGACUCCCUUCCAUUCAUUUUUACGUGCAACAAACACUUCCGUUUUCGGCAGUUGGAGGAACUCGUUGUUGAGAUACUGUAUGUCAAAGCUGAUUGGUAACCAGGGGUGUAUUUAAUCCUUCUCGGCUAACACUGACAGCAGUGCUACUGCUACAGUCAAGAGCGACUAGCUCUUGCUGUUAUCAGUUACACACAUUCGGUGUCACCGUGAAAAAAGGUGGAACCUUUGGUAGGGUUAAUAAAAACUGUUUGUUUUAAUCUCACCCUCUACUGUUUCUGCUCCACCAAAGUAACGCUACUUAAUUUUCCUCACAACCGCGCCAACAGGUUUGUUCUGCUACCGUCUUCCUGAAUCAAGUCUGCACAUGUGCAGUAAGAAGAUGGAAUAGUCCAUUGCAUGAGACGGGGACAGCCCAGGACACGGUGGAGACUAUGUCUCCCAGCUGGCCUCGAAAUGCCUCGCGAUCCCCCCGGAAGAGCUGGAUGAAGGGGCUGGGAAGAGUGUAGUCUGGGCGUCCCUGCUGAAGCUACUGCCCCCGCGACCCGACCUCGGAUAAGCGGCAGAAAAUGGAUGGAUGGAUGGAGGAUGUGGCAGAGACCGGUGAGUGGCAGAGUUUACACUGAGCUGGACUUCGACCAAGAGGAAAUUAAGGCCAAGCUGCUGGGCUUUCCUGGAGGCACCAUUGAGCUUUCCAAACAGGAGUCUGGCAUUGCUGUCCUUACGAUCAACAACCCUUCCCGCAUGAACGCCUUCUCCGGCAGCAUGAUGGUGCAGCUGGAGGAAAAGGUGAGUCAACUGGAGCAGUGGUCAGACGGAAAAGGACUCAUACUUCAGGGUGCUGCGGGAACUUUCUGUUCUGGAUCAGACCUUAAUGCUGUCCAAGCCAUAUCAAAACCUCAAGAUGGCAUGAAGAUGUGUAUGUUUAUGCAGAAUGCUCUUACAAGACUACUCAGGCUGCCUAUGAUCUCUGUUGCUCUCGUGGAGGGGAGAGCGGUAGGUGGAGGCGCAGAACUUACUACUGCCUGUGAUUUCAGAUUAAUGGCACCUGGCAGUGUGGUCCAGUUUGUACACAAACACCUGGGUGUGGUCCCAGGCUGGGGCGGAGCUGCUCGACUGGUCCAUCUUGUUGGAAGCCAAAAUUCCCUGAAAUUGCUCAGUGGUGCUUCAAAAGUGGACCCUGAAUUUGGCGUCCAGAUACGGCUGGCAGAUGGAGUUCUUAAAGACCCUCAGGUUGAGGAAGGUGUGGGGACUGUCCUACAACAGGCUGAAAAGUGGCUCUGUCACUACACUACAGGACCACCGUCAGUGAUCCAGGCUAUUAAAAAAGUAGCGUUGUCAGGGAGAGAGCUCCCUCUAGUGGAGGCUCUGAGGACUGAGAAGCAGGUGUUUGGGACUGUUUGGGGGGGUCCAGCCAACCUACAGGCAUUAACCAGUAAGUCUAAAUACAAAUGAGCAUGUCAUACUGACCAAAUUUAAGACUUGCAUAAUUGCAUUUAAUCCGACUGUGGAAACUGUGCAGGUCAAACUUGGAAUAAAACCUUGCUGCUGUGCAUUUUAGCAACUGUGUUAAUCUACAGAGUAUGUCAUGCAUAAAAAUAUACUUACCAUUUAGAAUUACACCACUCGUUCAUUUUGCAAUUUCAUGAUUAUAGUUUUAAGAAAUUGGAUCUUCCAGUCUUGGGAUCGUGUGUCAUUUGAUAGCUGAUGUGAUACUGUUACCAGCUUGUUUCAUUGAUACGGUUUAGUAGGGUGUCCUCUUCAUGAGGGAUAUUGAAAUACUGUAUUAUUUAACAUCUUUAUUACGGUUUUAAUUAUUUUUUUUGUCUCUACUUACCUUUGACCUUAUGGUUUUUAUUAUAUUUGUAUUAUUAUUAAAGAGACCACAAUCAAGCA